CCUCCCCUCCUUCCCUGUGUCUGCUCAGCAGUGCAGAGAAUCAGGAAGUCACCGCAGCCAAAAAAGGACUCUCCCUCGCUCUCUCUCACUCUCUCGCACACAGACAUGUUUGAUCGCUGUGACAUGAUGACGGAAGGAAGGGAGGCGAAGCGAGGCCUGCUGUGGCCCUGAGAGAGAGCCAGAGAGCUCUCUGGCCGCGCCGCCGGCCUUAAAGCCGCCCUGUGGAUGCCCCCGGUGAUACUUUGGAAAGCUUUACCAUUGAUUGAAAAAGAGAGGCAGAGCAUAGAUGUCUACACCAACAGAUCCUGGCGCGAUGCCUCAUCCUGGUCCUUCGCCAGGCCCAGGUCCAUCUCCAGGACCAAUACUGGGCCCCAGCCCUGGCCCUGGCCCUUCACCAAGUUCAGUACACAGCAUGAUGGGACCAAGUCCUGGACCUCCAAGUGUCCCACAUCCAAUGCCAACUAUGGGGCCAGGGGAUUACUCACAAGAAGGCAUGCACCCUAUGCACAAACCCAUCGAUGGUUUGCAUGAAAAAGGAAUUGUUGAAGAAUUGCAUGGCGGCUCUAUGAAGAAUGCAGGCAUGCGACCUCCUCAUCCCGGCAUGGGACCACCUCAGAGCCCAAUGGAUCAACAUAGUCAAGGCUACAUGUCUCCUCAUCCGUCCCCACUGGGAGAGCAUGUAUCCAGUCCAAUGUCUGGAGGAGGUCCAACUCCACCCCAGAUGCCACCCAGCCAGCCAGGACCCAUGAUGCCAGGAGAUCCACAAGCGAUGAGUCAACCCAACAGAGGUCCUUCACCGUUCAGUCCGGUUCAGCUGCAUCAGCUCCGAGCUCAGAUUCUAGCAUACAAAAUGCUGGCCAGAGGUCAGCCGUUGCCAGAAAAUCUUCAGCUUGCUGUACAAGGGAAGAGAACGCUGCCUGGCAUUCAACAGCAACAGACUCCUAUUUACAAGCCAUCUGUGGUUGUCCCCAUCACUGGAACAGCAGUAGCUUCAGGAAUGCCAGGACACACACCAGCUAUGGCCCCAAAAACAUGGCCAGAAGGGCAAAGUGCAGACAUGAAUGUUCCCAACACACCUCAAAAGCUUGCUGUUCCACCUCCAAGUGGAAGACCUUCACCUGCCCCUGCUUCUAGUCAGCCUGCUGCAGUAAUGCCGGGUCCUUCUGUCCCACCGCCUGCCCCCGGUCAGCCUUCUCCUAUUGUUCAGCUGCAGCAAAAACAGAACCGUAUCAGUCCCAUUCAAAAGCCACAAGGGCUGGACCCUGUUGAAAUUCUCCAAGAACGGGAAUAUAGGCUCCAGGCUCGAAUUGCUCACAGAAUUCAGGAAUUAGAAAAUUUACCUGGCUCUUUGCCUCCUGAUCUGCGAACUAAAGCCACAGUGGAGCUGAAGGCUCUUAGGCUACUGAAUUUCCAGCGUCAGUUAAGGCAAGAGGUGGUGGCCUGCAUGCGUCGGGACACAACUUUGGAGACUGCUCUGAACUCUAAGGCCUACAAGCGCAGCAAGCGCCAGACUUUAAGGGAAGCCCGAAUGACGGAAAAACUUGAGAAACAACAGAAGAUAGAACAGGAGAGAAAACGCAGACAGAAGCACCAGGAAUAUCUCAACAGCAUUUUGCAACAUGCUAAAGAUUUUAAAGAAUACCAUCGGUCAGUGGCUGGGAAAAUUCAGAAACUUUCCAAAGCGGUGGCUACUUGGCAUGCUAACACUGAGCGUGAACAGAAGAAAGAGACAGAAAGGAUUGAAAAAGAGCGAAUGAGAAGACUGAUGGCUGAGGAUGAAGAAGGAUACCGUAAACUGAUCGACCAGAAGAAAGACAGGCGUUUGGCAUACCUGUUGCAGCAAACAGAUGAAUAUGUGGCUAACCUGACUAAUCUGGUGUGGGAGCACAAGCAAGCACAAGCUGCCAAAGAAAAGAAGAAAAGGAGGAGAAGAAAGAAGAAGGCAGAGGACAAUACGGAAGGAAUGGGAUCUGGUCUUGGUCCUGAUGGAGAGCCCAUUGACGAGAGCAGUCAGAUGAGUGAUCUCCCAGUCAAGGUAACUCACACUGAAACAGGCAAAGUUCUUCUUGGACCGGAGGCUCCUAAAGCAAGUCAGUUGGAUGCUUGGUUAGAAAUGAACCCUGGCUAUGAAGUUGCACCUAGGUCAGACAGUGAAGAAGAAAGCGGCUCUGAAUAUGAGGAAGAUGAAGAUGAAGAGGAAUCAAGUCGACAAGAAACAGAUGGGAAGAAACACCUGGAUCCAAACAGUGAAGAUGUUUCAGAAAAAGCUGCUAAAGAAAUCAUUGAGACAGCCAAACAAGAUGUAGACGAUGAAUACAGCAUGCAGUACAGUGCCAGAGGGUCACAGUCCUACUAUACAGUGGCUCAUGCAAUUUCUGAGAGAGUGGAGAAGCAGUCGUCUCUUCUUAUUAAUGGCACACUAAAACAUUAUCAGAUUCAGGGCUUGGAAUGGAUGGUUUCCCUCUAUAAUAACAAUUUGAAUGGAAUUUUAGCUGAUGAAAUGGGGCUAGGAAAGACCAUACAGACGAUUGCACUCAUCACUUAUCUGAUGGAGCACAAAAGGCUCAAUGGCCCCUAUCUCAUCAUUGUUCCCCUCUCGACUUUAUCCAACUGGACAUAUGAAUUUGACAAAUGGGCUCCUUCUGUGGUGAAAAUUUCUUACAAGGGCACACCUGCUAUGCGCCGAUCACUUGUCCCUCAGCUUCGUAGUGGAAAAUUUAAUGUCCUUUUGACAACUUAUGAGUAUAUUAUAAAGGACAAACAUAUUCUUGCUAAGAUUCGGUGGAAGUAUAUGAUUGUAGAUGAAGGCCAUAGAAUGAAGAACCAUCACUGCAAGCUGACUCAAGUGCUGAAUACACAUUAUGUCGCCCCAAGAAGAAUUCUCUUGACUGGAACUCCACUGCAGAACAAACUGCCAGAACUUUGGGCUCUCCUUAAUUUUCUUCUUCCAACCAUUUUCAAGAGUUGCAGCACCUUUGAACAGUGGUUCAAUGCCCCUUUUGCCAUGACUGGAGAAAGGGUGGAUUUAAAUGAGGAAGAGACCAUUCUGAUCAUUCGGCGUCUCCACAAAGUUUUACGACCCUUUCUGUUAAGGAGGCUGAAAAAAGAGGUUGAAUCUCAACUACCAGAAAAGGUUGAAUAUGUGAUUAAAUGUGAUAUGUCAGCACUUCAGAAGAUUCUGUACCGCCACAUGCAAGCCAAGGGAAUCCUCCUUACAGAUGGCUCAGAGAAAGACAAGAAGGGAAAAGGAGGAGCCAAAACUCUUAUGAAUACAAUUAUGCAGUUGAGGAAGAUAUGUAAUCACCCAUAUAUGUUUCAACAUAUUGAGGAAUCCUUUGCUGAACAUUUGGGCUAUACAACGGGUGUCAUCAAUGGAGCUGAACUUUAUCGGGCCUCAGGGAAAUUUGAAUUACUUGAUCGAAUUCUACCAAAGCUGCGAGCCACAAACCACCGCGUACUUCUUUUCUGUCAAAUGACAUCUCUCAUGACCAUUAUGGAAGAUUAUUUUGCUUUUCGGAACUUUGCUUAUCUGCGACUUGAUGGAACAACCAAAUCAGAAGAUCGAGCAGCUCUGUUGAAGAAGUUCAAUGAACCCAAUUCCCAGUACUUUAUCUUUCUGUUGAGCACAAGAGCAGGAGGUCUAGGAUUGAACCUGCAGGCAGCUGAUACCGUCAUAAUUUUUGACAGUGAUUGGAAUCCUCACCAGGACUUGCAGGCACAAGACAGAGCUCACCGAAUUGGGCAGCAGAAUGAGGUUCGAGUACUACGAUUGUGCACAGUGAACAGUGUGGAGGAGAAGAUCCUUGCUGCUGCCAAGUAUAAACUGAAUGUAGAUCAAAAAGUUAUCCAGGCGGGAAUGUUUGACCAAAAGUCUUCAAGCCAUGAGCGGAGGGCAUUUCUCCAGGCCAUACUGGAACAUGAAGAAGAAAAUGAGGAAGAAGAUGAAGUUCCUGAUGAUGAGACCCUGAAUCAGAUGAUUGCACGGAAUGAAGAGGAAUUUGAGCUGUUCAUGCGAAUGGACAUGGAUCGACGCAGGGAAGAUGCCAGAAAUCCAAAGCGCAAACCACGAUUGAUGGAGGAAGAUGAGUUGCCAUCUUGGAUAAUCAAAGAUGAUGCUGAAGUUGAAAGGCUUACCUGUGAAGAAGAGGAAGAGAAAAUAUUUGGGAGAGGGUCUCGCCAACGCAGAGAUGUGGACUACAGUGAUGCCCUGACAGAGAAACAGUGGUUAAGGGCAAUUGAAGACGGCAAUUUGGAAGAAAUGGAAGAGGAGGUUCGGCUUAAAAAACGAAAAAGGAGAAGAAAUGUCGACAAAGAUUCAGGCAAGGAGGAUGGUGAGAAGGCAAAGAAGAGAAGGGGACGACCCCCAGCAGAGAAAUUGUCACCCAAUCCACCUAAGUUGACAAAGCAGAUGAACGCCAUCAUUGAUACUGUGAUUAAUUAUAAAGACAGUUCAGGACGACAGUUGAGCGAAGUCUUUAUUCAGCUGCCUUCCAGAAAAGAAUACCCAGAAUACUAUGAGUUAAUUAGAAAGCCAGUGGACUUUAAAAAAAUUAAGGAAAGAAUUCGUAACCAUAAAUAUCGGAGCCUUGGUGACCUGGAGAAGGAUGUCAUGUUGUUGUGUCACAAUGCUCAGACCUUCAACUUGGAAGGAUCACAGAUCUAUGAAGAUUCCAUUGUUCUCCAGUCUGUGUUCAAAAGUGCACGACAGAAGCUUGCCAAAGAAGAUGAAAGUGAGGAAGAGAGCAACGAGGAAGAAGAUGAUGAAGAAGAUGAAUCGGAGUCAGAAUCCAAAUCUGUAAAAGUUAAGAUCAAACUAAACAAAAAAGAUGACAAAAACCGGGAUAAAGGGAAAGGCAAGAAGCGCCAAAGUCGAGUAAAAGCCAAACCGGUUGUGAGUGAUGACGACAGUGAUGAAGAUCAAGAUGAAAAUUAACCUUUCCCCUCUGUCCCUUUUACAUCUAGGACCAGUCGGAAGCAAGUGGAAGCGAUGACGAGUGAUCCAUACGGUCAAAUGUUUUUAAAUGAGAAGCUUUUUUUUCUUCUCCCAUUUUACACCUAGUGAAUUCACUUUGUCAGAUAGGCAUUGGGGUGUUUGUGUAUUCACAUCAUCUAUGAAAUAGCUUUAGGAUAGUGCCAGACAAACAUACGAUAUCAUGGUGUAAAAAAGGAAGAAAAUGUAACAUACUGUGACCAAAUGGGCCUCAAAGAUAAAAUAACAAAAUGGAAAUCUUUUGAUGGAAAAAACAUGGGUUGAUAGUAUAUUUCUAUGGGUUGGGUUUAGCUUACUAAUGGUUUGACUAUUCCUGGUUUCAGUAUUUGAUUAGAUGCUAGCACCUGGCAUCAGAAAGAUUAUUAAGAAAAACAAUGUCUUUUGUAGCAUUGCUAACCAGGAGCCAUUAAAAGCAACUGGUGAUUUUAUUUUUCAUCAGGCAGUUUUCAAGAUUUCAUUAGUUCUGUAUUUGUUUUUACACUGUGGUACAUAUAUGCAGUUUUGUUUAAUAGCUUCUAAAUGUACAGUAGCUAGCUUCUCCUUGCCCUGUCCACUGCUUCAUUUUAUGCUCAGUGAUCUCUUGGGGGAAAAAAGCUUUUUGAAUUGUAUACAUGAAAUUUAUGUCUACUGUAAACUUUACUUUUGCUCCCCUCUCUUGCUUUUUUUUCUUGAUCAUAAAAAUGUUGGAUUUUAAAUGCUGUUGAAUAUUGCAAUCUAUAUAGUAUAAGGAAUGACUUUUCUCAUCAGAUUAUCUUUUAUGUUACCAAUAUGGUUUGCCACCUUUCCCCAAAGUGUACUUAAUCUUUGCUUUCUUUGCACAAUGUCCUUGGUUGCAAGUCAUAAGCCUGAGGCAAAUAAAAUUCCAGUAAUUUUGAAUUA